UCCUGGUGUCUGAGUGAUUCAAUGGGCCCAGCACAGGGACCAACUUUCCAGAGCCCUGAAGACAAGGGGUAACACCCCAAAAUACGGACUCAUUUUCCACUCUACCUUCAUUGGCCGAGCGGCUGCCAAGAACAAAGGCCGCAUCUCCCGAUACCUGGCAAACACAUGCAGUAUUGCCUCACGAAUCGAUUGCUUCUCUGAGGUACCUACCAGUGUAUUUGGGGAGAAGCUUCGAGAACAAGUUGAGGAGCGGCUGUCCUAUGAGACUGGAGAGAUUCCACGAAAGAAUCUGGAUGUCAUGAAGGAGGCAAUCGUUCGGGCAGAGGAAGCAGCUGCUGAGAUUACUAGGAAGCCGGAGAAACAGGAGAAGAAACGCUUGAAGAAGGAAAAGAAAAGGCUGGCUGCGAUUGCCCUGGCGUCUUCAGAAAACAGCAGUAGGACCCCGGAGGAAUGUGAGGAGACAAGUGCAAGACCCAAAAAGAAGCAAAAGCAAAAGCCCCAGGAGGCUCCUCAGGAGAAUGGAAUGGAAGGCCCAUCCGUCUCCUCCAAACCCAAAAAGAAGAAAUCUUUUCCCAAGGAGGAGCUGGUUAGUAGUGAUCUUGAAGAGACAGCUGGCAGUGGAAGUCUUACCAAAAGGAAGAAAUCUUUCCCCAAAGAGGAACCAGAUAGUGACCCUGAAGAGUCAGGAAACAAGAGGGUCCCCAAGAAAAAGAGGAAAUUCUCUUCCAAGGAGGAGCCUCUCAGCAGUGGACCUGAAGAGGCUGCUGCCAGCAAGAGCAACAGCUCCAAGAAAAAGGAAAACCUCCGAAAGCUAUCGCAGGAAAAUGAGAAUGGACAUUUCCCUAGUAGGGCAUAA